AUGCCUCCAGGAUCUCGCAAAGAAUUCACAGAGGACGAUGAUAAAUAUAUCGUGCAAUAUUUAGGGAGGUACGCACAUAAUGGGUCUGACAGAAGUGGCAACAUCAUUUGGAAAACAUUAGAGGAAAAUGCGGAUGGUAAAUGGGCAUGGUCAGAUAGGCAUACAUGGCAGUCGUGGAGAAAUCGUUAUGCGAAAGACCGGGAUAAUUUUGAUCGACGUAUCACGAAGUGGCAAUCCAAAAACCCCAACAAGGUCUCUAGCUUGCCUCGACCCCCUACACCCACACCUCCAACGCCCGGUAGUCGACCCCGCGUCUCCUUCUCCCAGGAAGACGAUGAUCUCCUCAUCAAAUUCCUAGCGGAAUACACCCCUAGUCCCGUUGGUCGGCUGGGAAACAAGCUAUAUGAAGAACUUGUGAAAAAGACGGGAAACCAAUGGCAGUGGACUAGACGCCACCCUGCUAUGGGCUGGCGAGAGCGAUACAAGAAGCGUCGCACAGAAUUCGAUCAAUACAUAGUCGAGCUUCAGAAGGGAAAUGCCCCUCGUGGUAUGUUCAAGCGAGAGCAGCAGCCUGCUUCAGGAGAGGGCACUUCGCGUGUACUAAUACUCGCAGCGAGAGAGGAGGAAGAGGAAAGGGAAGAGGAAAAGGAAGAGGAAAAGGAAGAGGAAAAGGAAGAGGACCAAGAUGUAGAGUUGGCGGAAAGUUCACGGGCGAAUGGAAAGCAGCGAAAACGGAGGCGCAAUCAUGAUGGAGAUGGAGAUGGAGAUGGAAUGCGUGUUAGGAAGAAGAGGCGAAUUGUAGAGAGUGAGGACGAAAGUGCUCCCCAGGAGAACAAUCUGACACCGAUUGCGGAAUCAAGGGAGGAGCAUGCUGAUGAUGCCCUACCAGAACGCCCUUCAGAGACUCGUCAGACGGAAUCCGCACGAGCCGAGCAGGUCGUGGAGGAUUUGAGAGUCGAUGAGGAGGAGCUAGAUGAGGACUCUGGGCUUCCCCCUUCUGAUGAUUAUUCCGGAGAGAUUUUUGAGAGAUCAGAAGAAGACGAUGAGGCGACAGACGAAGAGGAGGAGGGGAAGGGAGAAGGGGAAGAAGAGCUGGAAGUAUCUUCGGUUCUUGGGCUUCAUGGGGCAGAAGUGGACAGAGAUGGGGUGCUUCCGACGCCGGAUAUAAUCCCCCAAACUUAUGCUGCCAACCUCACUCCCAGGCCUCCACCCACUUCUAUCAAUACCUAUCGUCCCCGGCAACGUGAAGAGGACAUUUUUGCAUCCGUGCCUUCCACGCCGGAUCCGGAUCCUAGUCGGAAUUCCACUCCUGUGCAGCACAGGCGGAAGCGAGAGCCACCACGCUUGGACGAGGGAGCGUUUAACACCGCAUUUACAGAUUCGAAGGGGAGGCGGCGUUCAGAUGUCUCAAGUCGUCAAGCACGAACAAGUGGAGUGAAAGACGAUACUGAAGGAGGUUUGGUGGAUGAUCGUGAUGGCCGCGGCAUCUCAGGAGAUGAAGAGGAGGAUAGCGAGUUACCUGCAUGGCCGCCGAGUCGACACAAGGGCAAAGGCAAGGCGACGGAGGUCAAGUCUAUACCCAACGGCACCUCAAGGGAACCCGCCGCGAUCAAACAUGAACAGCAGGAGUCAGCUCCCAAGGACGCGCUGCGUACUCCGCUUCCACCGGUUGUGGGUGUUAACGAGGUGCCCGUCACCGUGCGCCAGCACCAUCCUUUCAGCCAACCGUCGCAGGGAAAUGGCCUCGUGAUACCUAAUCAUUUUAUGCCCAGGCCUCGCAAUGCCAUCCCCUUCAAGAGCGUAGUCGCGCUACAGGAAACUCCAUCUAAGCAACCUAACGAUCGUGUCCAGCCGUUUAAGGGACUUAUCGACGCGAAUGUGUCUCGUGUGCGUUUCGGCAACGGUGCGUCAGAUCCCAAAGGGAAGGGAAGGGAACGAGAGCCGUUGGUCCUGCCUUCGCAGCCCCGUCAUCAGUUUGCGGGACAAGAAGCUGGAAGGAAUGGCGCAGAGGACGCCCAUCGGGAAGGGGCUAAUAUGAACUUAGCCCAAGCACCACAGUCGACACCACAGCGCUUAACGGCACAUCUGAAUGCAAGAUCAGUGGAUGAUUCUUGGAUUGGAACCUCUCGACAGCACAGGCAAUCAGACAGCUUUGUGAUCCGUCACCGUCCUCGCGCCUCUUCCUUCGAAACAGAUCUGCAGCUCAGCGAGGCAGAUGCGUCCGUCGUAGUCAAGAUCGGGAUCGAGUCCGCUAUCCAAGCAAUGUCCGAGAACCACGGGUUCACCCCCGCUGUAGUGCGCAGGGUCUGGAGCAAGGCGGGCUCGCUGAAAGAUGCAGACGUCGCGCUUGGUAAAAUGCGCUCAGCAGCAGAGGCAGCGGCUCUGCAACACCUAGAAGCCGCAGAUGGAGAAGAGACGGGUCCUUCGAGCGACCAAGCCUCGCGUAGAAGCUCGGCGCGCUCGUCGCAUAAUCCCCGGUCAUCUAUAUUGAGAUUCAUCCCGGCCCGUCAGGAUGAGCCAGAAGACCUUGUGUUACCGGAGUACUCCCCGCCCAAGCAUUCGCGGGCCAGGCAGUACGCAAAGACUAUGAGCGCGGCCGCGAGCACAGAGCCGCUAUCACACUCGGGAGAGGCUCACGAAGCAGAGGGUGUGGCGGCACCAGGACAAGCUGCUGAAGAUAAUCAAGUCGAUCCCUUUGCCCAGGACCAAACCGAGAAUGAGACUGGAGCAGUAGAGGGCCACUGGUUCGACAAUGAACGAGAGGCUUCUCAGAUCCUCACCGAUGCAGUACGUGAGGGAACGGUGAAGGACCUCGAAGAGAAGAUAGGUGUCAACCCGGUCAAAAUUAUGCUAGGGAAGAAGCUGGGGAGAUUUGUCGCAGGCAACAGCGCGUAA